AUGGAUGAUACCACUCCCAUUCUCUCCACAAGCCAAGUCUCGAACUUUAAUAAAAGUCAAAAUCGGAGAAAAGCAUUGCGAUCGGUUUGGUUGAAUUUAAAAACACUCUUCAGGUCCAAAAGUACUAUAUCUCUACCUUUAGCUUCUUCGCCUUCAAGAGACGAUUCUUCCAACAAUGUUAGUAACCCAAUACCAGAUUUAUCAGAAAGAACUGUUUAUCCUGGCGUUAAUAACUCGGGUUUUCCUCUGAAUGCAAUCUCCAAUGCAAAAUAUUCUCCGCUAACUUUUAUUCCAGUGAUCUUGUAUGAUCAAUUCAAAUUCUUUUUCAACCUAUAUUUCUUGGUGGUUGCUUUGACCCAAGCUAUUCCCAUCUUGCGAAUUGGCUAUCUUUCUUCCUAUAUUGUUCCACUCGCAUUUGUACUUUCUGUAACAAUGUUCAAAGAAGCUGUUGAUGAUAUUCAAAGAAGACGGAGAGAUUCUGAAUCCAAUAGCGAAUUAUACCAAGUUUUAACCACAGAUCCUAAUAAUCAGAUAAUCAACGUCCAGAGUAAAAACUUGAAAAUAGGGGAUCUAGUCCAGAUACAUAAAGGCAAAAGAAUCCCUGCAGAUAUGAUUCUUCUUCAAUCUUCUGAAUCAACUGGGGAAUCUUUCAUCAAAACAGAUCAGCUAGAUGGUGAAACCGAUUGGAAAUUACGAAUUGCAACUCCUCUCACACAAACUUUGUCUUAUGAGCAACUAAGUACUAUCAGCAUCACUGCUAGUCCUCCAGCCAAAUUUAUUCAUUCCUUUUUGGGAAACUUGGUCUAUAAUAAUCAAACCAUUCCCUUGAACAUUGAUAACACCCUUUGGGCAAACACUGUCUUGGCUUCAGGAAGUGCUGUUGGCUGUGUAGUCUACACUGGUUCUCAUACCAGACAGUCCAUGAAUACAACCAAAUCAACCGGUAAAAUAUGCUUGCUUGAAUUGGAAAUCAACUCCUUGUCAAAGAUCUUGUGUUUUUCGGUUUUCAUUCUUUCCGUUCUUCUCGUUUGCUUCAAACAAAAUAAACAAGGCUGGUAUAUUGACAUCAUGAAAUAUCUCAUUCUUUUUUCUACUAUCAUUCCCGUUUCAUUAAGAGUUAAUUUAGAUUUGGGAAAAUCGGUUUAUGCUCACCAAAUCGAAAACGAUAAAGCAAUACCGGAUACUAUUGUCAGAACAAGCACCAUUCCCGAGGAUUUGGGUCGAAUUGAAUAUUUACUAUCCGAUAAAACUGGUACAUUGACUCAAAAUGAUAUGGAACUCAAAAAGCUUCAUUUAGGAACCGUGUCCUAUGCUGGUGAUUCAAUGGAUAUUGUCAGUGACUACAUUUCUACUAUGAGGUUUGAAAACUCAUCCAAUCAUUUGGUGAAUGAGGCCCCAAAAACAAGAAGAGAUUUGUCUCAAAGAGUUAGAGAUUUAAUUACUACCCUAGCCAUAUGUCACAACGUCACUCCAACAAUUGAGGAUGGGAUCUUGAACUACCAAGCUGCAUCUCCUGAUGAAAUUGCUAUCGUAAAAUAUACAGAAUCGGUUGGGUUGUCAUUGUACAAAAGAGACAGAAACUCUGUCACAUUGGUUCAUCAUGUCUCCUCCAAUUCUUUGCAUUUCGACAUAUUACAAGUAUUUCCAUUUAAUUCUGACACAAAAAGGAUGGGUAUUAUUGUGAAGGAUAAACAAAAGCAAGAAUACUGGUUUUUAGAGAAAGGUGCCGAUACGGUCAUGAGUAAAAUUGUUCAACAUAAUGACUGGUUGGAUGAAGAAACUGGAAAUAUGGCUAGAGAAGGGCUUAGAACUUUAGUCAUUGGAAGAAAGAAACUAAGCACUGAUUUGUAUCAUACUUUCAAAAAACAAUAUGAAGAAGCAUCUUUGUCUAUGUACAACCGUGAUUUGGAAAUGGCAAGUGUUACUAGCAAAUAUCUCGAACACGAUUUAGAUUUGUUGGGUUUAACUGGAGUUGAGGAUAAAUUGCAAAAGGAUGUGAAAUCUUCAAUUGAGCUAUUAAGAAACGCAGGAGUGAAAAUAUGGAUGUUAACUGGUGAUAAAGUUGAAACCGCAAGAUGCGUUUCUGUCAGUGCAAAGUUGAUUUCUAGAGGUCAAUAUGUUCAUGUUGUCACGAAAUUAAACGAAAAUCAGCAUAACGUGUUGGACUCUAUAGAAUAUUUAAAAACCAAUAAUGAUGCUUGCUUGCUAAUUGAUGGGGAGUCUCUUGGUGUUUUCAUGAAAUAUUAUAAACAGGAAUUUUUUGACAUUGUGGUGAAAUUGCCGGUUGUUGUGGCAUGUCGAUGUACUCCCCAGCAAAAGGCCGAUGUUGCAUUGAUGAUUCGAGAAAUUACAAAGAAAAGAGUCUGCUGUAUCGGUGAUGGUGGUAAUGAUGUAUCAAUGAUUCAGUGUGCCGAUGUUGGAGUCGGAAUUGUUGGGAAAGAAGGAAAACAGGCCUCUUUGGCCGCUGACUUUUCUAUAACUCAGUUUUGUCAUUUAUCCAAACUAUUAUUAUGGCAUGGAAGAAACUCUUACAAAAGAUCAGCAAAACUAGCCCAGUUUGUAAUCCAUAGGGGGUUGAUCAUUUCUGUUUGUCAGGCUGUUUACUCGGUUUCCUCAUUAUUUGAGCCGUUGGCUUUGUAUCAAGGCUGGUUGAUGGUUGGUUAUGCUACUCUAUAUACAAUGGCUCCUGUUUUUUCUAUGGUGUUGGAUUGUGAUGUAAAUGAAAGUUUGGCCAAUAUGUAUCCUGAGUUGUACAAAGAGUUGACUGUUGGCAGAUCUCUUUCUUAUAAAUCCUUUUUUGUUUGGUGCAUACUAUCGUUUUACCAGGGAUGUGUUAUACAGCUAUUAUCACAACAACUAACAUCAAUUGAUCCUGUUUACUUUUCAACUAUGGUUGCACUUAGCUUCACAGCCUUAAUUUUUAAUGAGUUGAUAAUGGUGGCAAUCGAAAUAUAUACAUGGACCAAAAUCAUGAUUGGUGCCGAAAUCUUAACGGCAUUAAUAUUUAUCAUUUCAAUCCCAUUUUUAGGUGACUAUUUUGACUUGCAGUACGUUAGCUCAUUCAAAUUCCUCUGGCAAACCAUACUUAUUUUGGCUGUCUCUAUUUUGCCGAUAUGGGGCUCUAAAGCAUUGAACAGAAAACUCAGACCACCAAACUAUGCAAAAGUUCAACAAGUCUAG